CAACAGCUUCUUAACGUCUAUUCCGCAUUAGAAAUUCGCCAUUUGCUCCUGCAGUGUGGCACGACACAUAUUUGCAACGCAUACGAACACGAAAAGGCUUCGUGUGGUCUUCCUGCUGGCGGACGAGGACGACGAGGAACUAUGAUCGGGAAAAGUAUCGUACUCGUAGUAAAAAUAAUCGCAGACAUGGACGAAAGAUGCAUGUCUUUUAUCUUUUUUAGCAUGACAGACUCCAUUUCUGUUCUGAAAAGAAUUUGUAAUGCGAUUUCUACUACGUAGUACGAAGAUACUUUUGCAAUGCAUAGGAACGACCCGAGCAGCGUGCCGGAUCGCGAUCUCAUCCCCUAGGCCGGGAGCCAGCAGAUGCAGCUACAGACGCACCGGUGAACAAGAGGACGGCCGAGCCCUCCACCAUCGUCCAGGACGUAGAUGCGGCAGCACAACAGGAGGAUCACCAUGAUUGGCACCCCCAGCCAUGCUGGUAUGUGCAGGUCGUCUCUGGAGCAGAUGAAGAGACGAGCGGCCGUGAGGAGACCUCGCCGCGGGGCGGCGCGGGGAGAGAGGGAGAAGAAGGGCAGCACAGUUAUCAUGACCCUCGAGCCAUGGUGGCUUCCGCUUCCUCUGGCACCGGCGCGAUCGACGGUUCCGGCAGUGCAAAUCCGGACGCGGGCCACGACAGCACGACAAGUCUUGAAGACCGGAUUUACAGCGUUUCUGACCUGUUCUUGCAGUUUUGGAAGCGGUAUUCCGAAACGAUAAACGAAACCGGGCUGCUGGUGUGCGCGGAGCAACCAAGUGUAGAAGUAGCUGCAGGAGAAAGACCUGACUAUGAUCCGCUUUAUUCGGUGGAACACAGCAGAAAGACCGCUGUUGUGCAGACAGAACGCAUGUCUUCGGCUACCUGGCUAUCCCAGGAAGAAAAAUGUACUGCACUUUGAUGUAUCUGUACUAUUAAUUUGAAUUGCGCGUGUGUGCGGCUGCUCGGAGCAUCUGUGUGAUAUGCAGACACAGAGUCGUGUACUUUUACAAGAGAACGAUUGAAACUGCUAGUGCUGCGCGACUCACUUGCCAUUGAUGAGACAUCGAUUGAUACACUACAUUUUGUUAUCGCGUACUGCCAAGGCAGGACCACAAGGUUUUUUUGGUCAACACGUUGUAGGACGAAUUUGUCAACUUCUGUCAGCUGCCCAAGAUCCUCGAUGGCUGAACCAUUUUUUUUCGACCAGGAUGCUGACACGCUUUGCUGAGUCUGCUUGAGGCACUGGGGGGUGGUUGUGGAACACGUCGCGUUGUAUCGCCUGCAUGUUCGUCGCCUGUAAGCGCGCAAGAACGGCGACUUCUACGCCAGCACGCUGCUUGGAAGACGCUGCAGAGCGAGGUGGGUCUGCGUGCGAUGGCUGAGGAUUUGGGCUUCUACGAUGGUGUCGAAGGC